GAAAUGGCAGAGAACGAAACAGUGGAGCUCGCCGCGGCAGAGAACCGGAAAUGGAAAUGGCAGCUCAACCAUGCCCUUGGUCUUCCUUCAUCUUCUUCCCACACUACAACGACAUUCAGCUCCAUAAUAAUCUCAACCAUUUCCCAUUCUGCCCUCUCUCGCACUCCCAUUUACGCCGCCGUCUCAGGUCGUAUGCAGCCAGAGAUAGUAGAAGAAGAAGAAGAAGAAGAAGCAAGUGGGAUUCUAAUGCUGAGACAAUUCGUGCCAAAGAUUUCAGCUUUAACACCCAAAACGAUGACGAAGAAGCAGAAGAUGAUGAUGAUGAUGAAGAAGAAAUGGCAAGUUCUGGGAUUUUGGAUGAAGCUAUUGAUAGGUUUUGGAUUUUGAAGGUUUUCAAAUCCUUUGGUUGGGCGUUACCAGUCAUUUUACUUUCCUUGUUGUUCGCCACAGGCCCAAAAGCUUUCCUCAUGGCAUUAGCACUUGCACUUGGGCAGUCAGCAAUCACUUUGGCAUUUCAAAAGUUAUUCGGAAGAUCACAAAGCAAGCAGAAGAGUAAGACCAGGGUUAGGAAAAGAACGAAAAAUACAACUCCACGCACUGUAAAAAAUGUUAAAAUGAAGGAAGAAGUACAAGAAGGCCAACAGAGCAGAAAGGGAAUGAAGGGUUAUCAAUCAUGGGUAGUUAGUGAUGAUGGUUCUGUCAAUGAGGGUGGCCAAGAUGCACCCAGCUUUGGUGGAUGGGAUGAGCUAGAUGGAAUGGGUUCGACGAGAAUCUCAUCAACAAAGGCAAGCAGCUCAAAAAAGACAACAAACGAGAAGGGCAAGCUAAGUGCGAAAGGAACUAACAGUGAUGCACCUCUGCUGUUGAGAUUGUUGUUUGCUGUUUUCCCAUUUUUAGGUUCCUGGACUAAAUUGUUCUGGUGAUUCCAUCUAGCAAGCUUAAGGUCGAAACAUGACAAUCUUUGCUCUGUUGUGUUUAGGCCAACCUACAGUCUAAGGGUUACCUGUUCCGGUUCUUGCUCGACUAUUUUAUAGGUCAUGCUUGGAUCUGAGGGUUACUUUCUCAGUUUUCAUCAUAGAUUCUUGGGGUUCAUUUAGAGCAUUGCUUGUCAUCAAUUUUUUUUUCUACAAAAUCCUGUGGCAUAACAUGAAAGUAACAUACUAAUGAUAGUGCUUCGCCUUUUAUUUAAG